AUGGUCGUCGAGUCGCCGUGCUACUGGUCGCUGAGCCUUAUACGUCGCCUGCGUUGCAGGUUGUGCUUGGGAUCGCCGAACAUUGUGCCUCGUACCCCGUUAUGCUUCCGCGGCAGUGGUGGCCGGUGGUCGUCGAAUGAGCACAGAGUAUAUUUAUACGUCGGAUACGAACGAACAGCCCACCCGAGCUUUGAUAUCUCCAGAAAUUCUCAAGAAAAUCUCAGGAAUAGUGAGGGAAUCGCGGCUACAGCCCACUCACAAACUACCGGUGCAGAUAUGACUAGUAGUGUAUAUACUAUCCUGACAAUUGAUCGUUGGGAGUCAUUGAAUUGUAUGAACUAUAAAACAGCAAAAUUGAGGCCAGUUCAUGGGAGGCUAGCUUUGAAAUUCUUGAAAUGGGUUGUGAAGCAGCCAGGUUUGGAGCUUAAUCACAUAACUCACUUGUACUGUAUCACAACCCAUAUUCUUGUCAGAGCACGAAUGUAUGAUUGCGCUAAAUCGAUAUUGUACCAUUUGUGUGAAAUGGGUUUGGGAUCAAGUUCUAUUUUCAAUGCCCUCAUGGAUACAUAUCCUCUGUGCAAUUCAAACCCUGCUGUUUUUGACCUGUUAAUCAGGGUUUAUGUAAGAAAUGGCGCCACUAGUGAUGCUACAGAGACUUUUCGUUCGAUGGGUUUUAGGGCUUUUAAGCCUUCGGUUUAUACUUGUAAUAUGAUACUGGCGGCUAUUGCAAAGAUGGGCAGAUUUGAGCCCGUGUGGUCGUUCUUUGGUGAAGUUCUUGCAAAAGGCAUUUGCCCCAAUGUUGCAACAUUUAACAUACUUUUAAACGUGCUUUGUGCGGAUGGGAAACUGAAAAAGGCAAGCUAUUUGCUGAGGAAAAUGGAGGAGAGCGGCUAUGCUCCUAAUGUGGUGACUUACAACACGGUGCUCAAUUGGUAUUGCAAGAAGGGCAGAUAUAAAGAAGCUAUUCAGAUGUUGGAUCGCAUGAACUGCAGGGGUAUUGAGGCUGAUGUGUUUACGUAUAAUGUGCUUGUGGAUGAUUUAUGCAAGAAUAAUCAAAGCUCGAAAGGGUAUUUACUCUUGAAAAAGAUGCACGAGAGGAAGAUAGUUCCGAAUGUAGUCACCUAUAAUACUCUGGUAAGUGGUUUUGUCAAAGAAGGGAAAAUUGCAGUUGCAGGGAAACUUUUUGAUGAAAUGUCUAAGGUUAAUAUAUUGCCAAAUUGCAUUACUUACAAUGUGCUGAUUGAUGGGCAUUGUCAUUCAGGAAAUUUUGUGGAAGCUUUUGAACUUUUGAAUAAAAUGGAAUGUAGGGGAUUAAGGCCUAAUGAGGUUACUUACGGAACUCUUUUACAUGGACUAUGCAAGCACGACAAGUUAGAUUGGGCGAAUAGUUUACUUGCGAGAAUAAAGACAGAUGAUGUUAAUGUCAAUUCUUUGAUGUAUACUAUGCUAAUAGAUGGAGUAGGCAGAAAUGGUAUGCUGGUAGAAACCAUGAAGUUGGCUGAUGAAAUGUUCAAGGAUAAUGUGAAUCCUGACAUUGUUACUUAUUCCGUUCUUGUGAAUAGACAGGGAGAUAUAAAUGAAGCAAUCAGAAUUUACACAGUCAUGCUUCGUAGUGGAUUUUCUGCAGACCUUUUCAUUUGUAACAUGUUGAUAUCUACACUGUGCAAAAAUGGGAACAUGGUUGAGGCAGAAGUUUUUCUGCAUCACAUCCAUAUAAUUGGUCUUACUCCAAAUUCUAUUACCUUCGAUGCUAUUAUUGGUGGAUGUGGAAAAUCAGGAGACGGGUUGAAAGCAGUCAAGUUGAUAGAUGAAAUGGUUAAAUUCGGUUUUCAACUUAAUUUAUUUUCGUAUGAGAGUCUGUUGAGAGGCCUGUGCAAAGGAGGAUAUCUGAAGGAGGCACUGGAAUUGUUUUAUAAACUUCAAAACACUCCUUACGCUGUGAACACAGUCGUUUUGAAGACAAUUUUUUCUGAGAUAUGUAAACAUGGUGAUUUCAAGUUAGCACUCGAUCUUUUAGACCAGAUGGUUCAAGCUGGUUUGUUUCCUGAUAGCUAUACAUACGGUUGUCUCAUCUCUGGUUUAUGCAGAAAUCAAAGGGUUACGACAGCCAUUCUUGUACUCCAAAGUGGAUUGCAAAGAAAUAUUAUUUCUCCAAAUGAGUUUAUGUAUUCCAGCAUCAUAAAUGGGCUCGUCAAGAUUGGCCAAGCACAAGCUGCAAUUUACUUCUUUGAUGAUUUGUUGAUGUGUGGUCUGAAUCCCGACAUAGUUACCUUUAAUGCAGUUAUUUAUGCGUGCUCGAGACUAGGUAAAGUCGAUAAGCUGAAAGAAAUCUUCACAAUGAUGGAAAAUCGAAAUGUAUCCCCAAGUUUGAUUACGUAUAACAUUCUCUUACACGGGCAGUCAGCACGGAAGGACAUUGCGAGUUCCUUGGCAUUGUACAAAACCAUCUUGAGAGAAGGCCUUGUUCCGGAUAAAUUCACCUCUCAUUCUCUAGUUCAUGGGCUGUGUAAGUCUGGCAUGGUGGAAAUUGCCGGUAAGUUCUUGAAAACGGUGAUCAUGAAGGGAACUCUUGUAGAUCAAUCCACUUUUGACAUGCUAAUAUCAACGCACAGUCAGAGAGGUGACAUGUCGAAAGUCUUUGAUUUGUUAAGUAUCAUGAAGUACAUGAAAAUUUCGCCUGGCGAACAUACUUUCUCUUCUAUUUUCAAUGGGCUCAAAAGGACAUCACAUUUUCAAGAAUCAUACUUUCUUCUUCUCGAAAUGCUCCAAAACGGCUUUGUUCCUCGCAGCAAACUGUACAGCCGCUUGAUAAUGAGCAUGUGUAAAUCGGGAAACAUACGAGACGCGUUUGAGCUAAAAGACGAUAUGGCGACACUUGGUGUCGGUUUGGGCCACGUGGCCCAAAAUGCAAUGAUUAGAGGGCUUGUGCAGAAUGGGAAAUUAGAGGAGGGAAUAUUUCUGCUUAAAUGGAUGAUUAGAGGACAAACUAUUCCAACUAUACCAACUUUCACGACUGUAAUUCACGCGCUCUGCAGAAAAGGUAGACUGCACGAGGCCCUCGAUUUAAAGCAUUUGAUGGAUACGAGUGGAGCUAAGCCUGAUGUUGUUGUUUACAAUGUGUUUUUAACUGCCAUGAGUCGGGACGGUGAUAUUGCUCGUGCAUUUGAAAUGUACGAGGAGAUGAAACAGAGGAGCUUGUGUCCUAAUACAACCACAUUUUCGGUUCUUGUUCAUGCUGUUUUGUCUGAAAACAAUCGUGUAGUGGGUGAAAGGAUUUUGAUGGAGUUGGAGGAGAGAGGUUUGGUUGGUCGGGAUACUAGUCGAGCUUGGGACAAUAGGUUGGCUGAUGCUUUAGACUUUAUCGAUAUAUUAAGGCACAAAAAAUGGCGAGAAAGAGACUGA